UCAGAAGAAAUUUCGACAUACUGAUUACGUGGGGAGUGGAGAAAUUCUCUAUCGAUUCAAAUCGCUCAUCACACCGUGCUUUAGAUAUAUGGUUGGAUAUUUUAAUCCAAAAUUUAAAGCCAAAAACGAAGGAAAGCGGAAAGUAUUAGCG